GCCUCAUCACUCAUUGUGUCCUGCUGCCAAUACAAACGUGGAAACUGUCAAAUAAAAUUUAAUCACUAGAAUAGAUAUUGUUGAACAAUUCUAUGUCAAAACAAUGUACAUAUCUAUCAUAAAUCAGAUAGGAAAUAUUAUUUAGUAACCCACCUGAAAUGUCUUUAUACACUACAUUCGUGUACAACGACCCGGAAGUGUGAUUGUGGUCUGGAGACAUACCCUUGAAAUCAUAUGAUCAUCCGAAUCCGUAUUCGUUUGAUAGUGAGGAAAGACUUGCGCUCAAUUUAGCCAUUUAAGAAUAUAAGCAUGGACGGUCCCCUGGAUGUCGAUGAGAUUUGGAAAUCCCUUGGAACAUGGGGAAGGUACCAGAGAGGCCAACUCUUACUUUGUUGUGUCGUUGCAGUUAUUCCAGGGGCAUUCCACCUUCUCUCCAUCGUUUUUAUAGCCUAUCGUCCCCCAUUUGAGUGCAGAGAAACAACACCAAGAGACGUAUUUCCCUAUCAGGACGACAAUGACAGUUCUACCUACAUAUUUGUCUACCACCAAUGUUCUAUAGAUGUGUUCAACAACGGUUCUAACUCCACCCUUGUUACAAGUACAGACUGUGUAUCGGGGUAUAAGUAUGAUUUCCGCCAUGAUGCCUCCAUUGUAACAGAGUGGAACUUGUUUUGUGAUGGAGGAAAAGCGUCAGAAUUAGCUCAGACCAUUGUCAUUCUUGGACAAGGAAUAGGAUCGGCAAUCUUCUGCUCUUUAGCUGAUUUGUACGGACGAAAGCCCGUUCAUAUAAUCUGCCAUGUCGUCCUGUUUUGUGUGGCACUAGGUAUCGCAUGGGCUCCUAAUCCUGCAGUCUUUAUCGGCCUAAGGUUUAUAAUCGGAACAAUGCAAGCGGGAACUGGUUUAACAGUUAAUGUUGCUGCCUUGGAGUCGCUGCCAGUGAAUUCUAGAUACUUGUGGAAUAUUGCUGACAGUGUUUGUUUUACUGCAGGAUGCAUACUUGUCGCACUUGUAGCUUACGUCUUCCGAGACCUACCAUGGCGUUAUAUGCAGAUUGCAUUUGCUGUCGGAUCGGCAUACAGUCUGUUUGAAUAUUGGUUUCUUGAAGAAUCGCUUAGAUGGCUUCUUGCAAACGGCAAGAAGGAAAGAGCAGAAAAAAUCAUCCGCAUGGCGGCUCGCAUGAAUGGGAAGGACUUUGAUUCCGUCAUCAAAGCUGCCUCUACAAAAGCCAAUGAAAUGGAAGCAUUUUUGGCAAAACCUGCCAGCAUUCCACCGGAAGAAAACUCACUAACAGCGGAGAUGGACAUAAUAAACAAUUCCAAUGAUGACAAAAUAAUUCAUAAUGAUAGAAAGCCGGAAAAAUACAAUGCAUUGACUAUAUUUAAACACAAGCGAAUUCUUUUUAAUUCCCUCAUAAUUUGGUAUACAUGGACAAUCAACAGCCUUGUGUAUUAUGCAUUAUUCCUGGGAUCUACGUCAAUGUCUGGUGACCGUUAUAUCAACUACUCCCUCAUGGCCCUGGUUGAGUACCCGGCCACUGCCGCACAUUGGUACUCCGUCAAAAGAUUUGGGAGGAGGAAAAGCUGUAUAAUAUUCCAUACAAUAGCCGGUGUCUCUCUAGCUGUAUCUACAGUAUGUAGAACGUACCAAGAUGACGUCACUGCAUUAGGAACCGUUUCUCUUGUUUUCAACUUCAUUGGGAAGUUUGGGAUUACAGCUUCAUUUAAUACAAUAUAUCUCUACACACCUGAAUUGUACCCUACUAACCUAAGGAGCGUCGGACUAGGACUGGCAUCGACAUCUUCUAGGAUGGGAGGAAUGCUGGCCCCGUUUGCUGGGUCUGUGGCCUUCGUCAUCAUUUGGCUACCGGGAGCAGUCUUUUCUGUCAUGUGUCUUAUAGCGGUCUAUUUGACGUCAUUGCUACCGGAAACAUCGGGCCACGAACUCCCGACGUCGAUAGCAGAGCUGAAACUGUGGUAUAAAGCUAACACGGGGAACAGGCAAAAAACAAAGAAAGUCACGGCUUCAUAAGUUUAUACCAUUUUUUGUAGACAAAUGGAUUUUCAAAACAAUAUUAAACCAGAUUGGUGUGAUGCAUA